AUGAAUCGAACGGUGGUAAAAGGUGAACAAGAUGAACAGCAAAUAAGUAAUGAAUUAAAUAAAAAUAUUAAAGAAAAUUUUAAUUAUAAUGAAGAAUUUGAUUAUGAUGACGAUGGAGCUUUGAUGAUUAUUUUGAAGAUAAAAAAAGUUAUUGAAACUAAAUUACAAGAACAACUUAAAAUUUUGAGUAAACAUGCAAAUAGGACUCAUCUUGAUAAAAUUCUAGAUGAUUGGUUAGAAAGAACGAAUAAUACUUUGAGUAUAUUCAACAACGAAGAAUAUAAAAAAGCCAUGAAAAUUAAAGAUCAAUUGACAGAUUAUAUGAACUCAAAGAAAGAUCCUAACUUGGAAAAUUUGCCAGAAUGUUCCAUUGAAUUGAAGGGAUUGAUAGUAAAUGAAUUCGACUUAUAUUGGGACAAGAAUUUGAUUACAGGAGGUUAUAGAGAAUGGGGAAAAUCAAAGACUAACGUGAAAUACAAGAAUGAAAUUCUAAAUAGCGAAUUAAUUGAAUAAUUGAAGAUCCUUUCUAUUAUAAUUUCACUUAUAAAUUUGAUUGAAAUUUAUUAGUAAUCGAAAUCAAUUCUCUAAACGUCAAACCAAUGAUAAAGACGCAUUAGAACGAUCAUAUAAAAUUAAAAAUUUAAUAAAAGAGUUACCCACGUAUGCUACUUUAUAUAAUCGAAAGAUAAACACAAUAGAUUCAAGUGCAUGUCCAAGAUGCGAAUAGAAGCAGAAGAUUAGGAACACAUAUGGAUAUGUGAAGCAAACGAAUACACAAUUAGAGAAAUAAUUUUUAAUGCAAUAGUAUCCUUUGAAG